UCUUUUUACCCCCAGAAUUUUCCAUAUAUCGUAAAUUUUUCCACUCUCUUUUUUAUCUUUUUCCCCAAGCCACUCUCUUCAGUCCAUCUUGAAAAGCCUAUUAAACUGUCUCUCGCUUAGAUCUCUUGCUGGGUAUUCGAAAUUUUCAAUUCAUAUUUGGAAGAACAGUAAGUGAAGAUGUCGAAGGCGGCAAUAGAAAUGCCACCAAAGGGUGGGUUCAACUUUGAUUUAUGCAAAAGGAAUGAGAUGCUUGCGGCAAAGGGUUUAAAGCAACCAUCUUUUCUCAAGACUGGGACUACCAUUGUGGGCUUAAUUUUUAAGGAUGGUGUUAUUCUUGGAGCAGAUACACGAGCCACCGCAGGACCCAUUGUUGCAGAUAAGAAUUGUGAAAAGAUUCAUUACAUGGCCCCUAAUAUUUAUUGCUGUGGAGCUGGGACUGCUGCUGAUACAGAGGCAGUAACUGACAUGGUCAGUUCUCAGCUGAAGCUACACCGCUACCAUACUGGUCGCGAGUCCAGGGUGGUCACGGCUCUUUCACUGUUGAAGUCUCAUCUUUUUAGCUACCAAGGACAUGUUUCAGCGGCUUUGGUGCUCGGUGGAGUUGAUGUGACUGGCCCUCAUUUGCACACCAUAUAUCCGCAUGGUUCGACAGACACAUUGCCAUUUGCUACAAUGGGCUCUGGCUCUCUUGCUGCAAUGGCUGUUUUUGAAUCAAAAUAUCGUGAAGGCCUUAGUAGGUACGAAGGGAUAAAAUUAGUAGCUGAGGCCAUCUCCUCAGGCAUAUUCAAUGACUUGGGAAGUGGAAGCAAUGUUGAUAUCUGUGUAAUAACACAGGGAAAUCAGGAGUACCUAAGAAACCAUUUGUUGCCAAAUCCUCGUACUUAUAUCAGCGAGCAGGGCUAUUCAUUUUCAAAAAAGACUGAGGUGUUGCUGACAAAGAUUACACCAAUGAAAGAGAUUGUUGAAGUGAUUGAAGGAGGAGAUGCAAUGGAGGAAUGAGGUAUUCUGGUUAUAAAGUGCCCUGAAGUUAUUUCUUCGAAAACUCUCAUUAUCAGCUUCACGUGUUCCAUAGAAUUCGAUUGUCUUAUGUAUGUUGUGACUAUUCUUCGGCUGGAUAUUCUGUUUUCCAUUUUAUCUGUAUCGAAUUUUGUUUCACCAUUUUUAUCUGUAUCGAAGCUUUUGUUAUUUUAUAAUAUUGUUUUUUUAAUGCUAAUUAAUAGUCUGUUUGUUUCCUA